GGAGGUGGGAGCUGCUGCUGUUCUCCCGUCUGUGAGGCAGCAGAAAGAAAGUGGUAGGAAGUGAGAUAAGAGCAGCCUGUGCGGUUUUUGUGCUUUAGGGAGAAAAUUAGAAGUUUAUUUUUGGUCUGAGUGUUUUGUGAGGAGGCUCGCGGGGCGGAGCGAGCCGGAGGAGAUACAGAAACACGUCGUUUUUAGGAACUUGUUGGAGAAGCGCGACUGGAGAAGAAGAUGGCAUCAGUAAGCGACCCCCGCCAGCAGACACAGGCGCAGAAGGAUGCAGCAGAUCAGAAUUUUGACUACAUGUUUAAACUCCUCAUCAUUGGUAACAGCAGCGUGGGAAAGACCAGCUUCCUGUUCCGAUAUGCAGACGACUCCUUCACCUCGGCGUUCGUCAGCACUGUGGGCAUCGAUUUUAAAGUGAAAACCGUGUAUCGCAACGAGAAACGCGUCAAACUCCAAAUCUGGGACACAGCAGGCCAGGAGAGAUACCGCACCAUUACGACAGCCUACUACAGAGGAGCCAUGGGUUUCCUGCUGAUGUACGACAUCACCAACCAGGAGUCAUUUUACGCAGUACAAGACUGGGCGACACAGAUUAAGACGUACUCGUGGGAUAAUGCUCAGGUAAUACUGGUGGGGAACAAGUGUGAUCUGGAGGACGACAGACUGGUAGCUACAGAAGACGGACAGAGACUAGCUAAUGAAUUAGGGUUCCAGUUUUUCGAGGCGAGCGCUAAAGACAACAUUAACGUGAAGCAGGUGUUCGAGCGGCUGGUUGACGUCAUCUGCGACAAAAUGAACGAGAGCAUGGAUGGAGAGCCCAGCCAAAUGACCAAUCACAAAGGCCCCAGCCUACAGGACACGCCCCCUGCCGGGCAGAGCGGCUGCUCGUGUUAAUGAUCACUCACUCAACACACACACACACAUACACAUACACACCACGCACAGGGCAAUGCACAGCUACAUACGUACACUAUGACUGGACCAUUCAUUAGUAAACCCACAGGGACAAACCCGGACAUACACUACCAUUCACAAGUCUGAAAUCAGUGUGUUGCAUAAUGCAUUAUUUUAAAGGUAUUGAAUAAAGUUGAUAUAUAAUUGCAGCAGUCAGCCAUAACAUUAGUACCGGUGAAGUGAACUUUGGAAAAACGUUGAUUAUCUUGUCAUUUUGGGAUCUACAUACAUUUUUGGCAGCAAUUGAACAGUAAGAUCUUGAAGUUGGUGAACUAAAAGCAGGAAAACUGGUCAGACAUAAGAAUCUGAGACAUUUUGACAAGAACCAGCAUGUAAUGGCUAGCUAAAUGAGUCAGAACAUCUCCGAAAUAUCACGAAAAGCAGUGCUUGUGGGUUAAUUCUGGUAUGCAAUGGCCAGUACAUAUCAAAAGUGCCCUAAAGAAAGACAACCAGUGAACCAGCGACAGGGUCAUGGGUCCCCAAGGCCCCACCCACAUAUAUACAUACGCAUAACUUGAUAUUUUUAAAAUCAGUUUAUUUUUUUCUGAGUUUUGGGUUUAUUUAAAGCCCUGUUUUCAAUGCUGACGUCGCAGCACAUGCAUGAUUCUGUCUGAAUCUCAAAUACGUACUUACUCCCUGUAUUAAAAUUGAUAAUAUGAUGCAUAAAACUACAACUACAUCUACACACACAUAGAACUAGAUUUCAGAUUUCCACAUCUAAAUCCAUGUAAAUUUGAAUGUUCUAUUACAGAUAUGUGUAUUAAUAUUACUAUAUUAAACCUUAGUGUUUCCUUCUUCUUCAUGGUGUGUUUAUUAAUGUCUCUCUUUAUGAGGUACUAUUUCCUCCUCUGUGGAUGGAAAUAUUUUAAUAUAUGAAAAAAAAAUGCUGCUGCUCAACUAUGACUUGGUACCAGAUACAACAGGACACCUCUAGUGGUCUUGUAGACAGAGUCCAUGUCUGUGCCAUACAGAUGGUUAGAUCUGUUAUGGUGUCUCAAGGGUGGCCUGCACAAUAUUAAGUGGGUGGUGCUAAUGUUAUGGCUGAUCGGUGUAAAUAUGCAAUGCCUCAAAUCUUAAACAAAUUAAACAAAUUGACUAAAACUAUUGCAAUUACACUGAUUUCAGUUCCCGACAAUACUUUAAAUUUUGAAUGAAUAUCUUAUUGUUCAGUGUAUUAUUGUGUAUAUAUAAUAUUACACAUGCAAACGUGCAAAUGUACAUUCAACAGAUGUGUAGCUAAAACUGAUUUCAAACUGUGAUCAGUCCAUUCCAAAUCUUUAAUGUGUGUCCUCUAGAAAUGUCUGCUAAUUAUUUUAUUGUUUCCUCCUGUCACUCAAAUAAAGCUCAUUCCUUUACAGA